AUGGUUAUUGCAGAUUUGGCAAAACUUUGCUCUCCAUUACCUAUACUUAGACAGAGUUACCUAUAUAGAGUGGAUAAUAUUCCUAUAAAUUCUCAAACCUAUAAUCGAAUAUCUUCUCAAAACACCGAUUCUAAUUGCAAUAUAAAUAAUUCUUGUAAAACUGAGUCUCUUGAAACGCUUGCUACAGUAGCUUAUGAAUCGUUAAAUAACACAAAAAAUAUAGUAAAACAAUAUAAUUAUAUCAAUAAAGUCAAUACUUAUCAGCCAUUUUUAUUCAAUAAUUCAUAUAGGCGAACAAUAGCUAUUUUUGAUUUAGAUGACACGCUUAUACCAACUGAUUGGAUAAGAAGUACUUAUGCGAAUCUAAGAUAUAAUAAGUCUACCAGCCAUUUAUUUAACUAUGAUAUAUCUGGAGAUUCUAUUUCAGAUUACUUGAAACAAGGAAAUAUUUAUCAAUAUAUAAGGAUGCAAAUAGAUCAGAUGGCUAAUAAUCAACUUAUUCCUAGUAUAAUUAAGAUUAUUAGAUUAGCUAGGAAACAAUUUGUAGAUGUUGCAAUUGUUACAAAUGCAAGAUCUACUGGGUGGUUAAAAGUUAUUGAAAUGAUGUUUCCAGAAAUAUUAUUAGCCCUUAAAGAUCUUAAUAUACCAAUAAUACGAACAAAUCCUGGUAGUGGUGAACCAGAUAUAGAAGAUACAGAAAAUUAUUUUAAUUAUUGGAUGAUGGCUAAAAAGAAUGAGUUUGAGAAAAUAGUCAAUAAAUGGUCUAUACCCAAAGUUUGCUCAAAAGUUAAGAUCAAUUCUAAUGAUAUUUCUAAAGAAAAAGUUGAUAAUAAUAGAUAUAACAAAAAACUAGAUAUAAUGAGUAUAGGAGAUAAUGAUUUUGAGGAGUUUGCAGCAAUACAUCUAGCAACAGUUGACAAGAUUGUUAAUCUUGCAAAAAUAGUUAGAUGUACAUCUGGACUUCCACCUAAAGAUUUCUUAUAUCAGUUGUAUGGUAUAGAAAGUGCAAUUAACAUUGAAAGAAAAGGGGAGACAUCCCAUUCAUGGGUUUAUUAUACAGAUACAGUAUCUGCAAGGACUGUAGAAUGUAUUCAAGAAACUCCACUAUAUUCUACAGAGGAACCUACUGAAGAUGAGUAG